AUUAUCGUUCACAAACGAUACAUCGAAACAUCGUUAGAUAUCUAUCGUUAAUGAUGGUACAGAAUAGCUUUAUACGAUAUUUAUCAGUCAAUGCCGUUAACGACACCAACAGUUGUCGAUAAGUGUGUACAUUUGUACGGUCGCUUGCGAUCACGCAAGCGACAAACGUCGUUAUCGAACCGAACCGAUAGUUGUCGGUGGACAUGUACAGAAUUCCGUUUCUGCGUAUGAAACUUCCAAUUGCGAAAUAAACGUUCAACUAAAUAUGGCCAAUGUGAACGCACCCAAAGGAAUUUUCAUGACGAUUCGACUUCGCUCGGUUGGAUUCGGCAGAGCAGCAGACGACAGGGACUUGGAGCAAACGGAAAUGUGAGAAGUGUCAAAAAAAGGAGCAAACACAUUUUGUGAUUAUUAUUGUAACGCAGUGAAUUGUCUAUCAAAAAUUUCCUUGGAACGUAAAUUGCUCACAGAUUAUUCUCUGUAGAUAUGAUAGAGAACCUCGCAGCAAAAUUAUGUUUGCUUUUGCCGGAGAAUGCCAGCACAGCCGAGCAAUGGAAGCUACUUGGACAAGAAAAAGAUGGUUCGAUACUCAUCGGAUGGGUAGAGGAAGCAGAGAAAAGCGAUGCAUGUACAUCAUGUACCAUAAUCGGUCGUUAUGACCAGAUUGAUAAUAAAUUACAAGUACUGCACCGUUUUCCAGAGGUACUGAACAUUGUUCAAGCUACAGUCAACCAGAGUCAUACUUUAAUGGGAUAUGUAACAAAACAAAAGACUUGUUCAGAGACAUCAGACCUCUGGAGAGAUCAUGAACAUGAGUCUCGUGGAGAAUUUUACAGAGUGUUCGUUGUGGAAUUAACUGAUGACAUCAAAGUGCAUGAUCUGGAGAUGGAGAGAUCUAAGCAGGUGCGGAUACAGUUUUUGUACAGAGAGAAGGAACAACCAGGAGUGGAUAAGUUUCUGGUACUCAUACAUCACGAAUGUAUUCUGAUAUAUACUGCUCAAUUUGAUAUAUCAAUAAAGGAAUUGAAAUCCGAGAUACUUGUAAAAAUAUUCAUAUGGGCGCAAUGGGACAUGAUCAAUCAAGUUCUUUAUCAUAUACAUCAUCGACGAAUUCCUGCAAGCGUGGUUACUGAAGAUGACGACGAGAAUAAUUCCAGAUCAUCGAAACCAACCCUCAGUGGUCUUCAAUUUCACGAUGACUUGCCCCAUGAAACAGUGCUAAAUAUCCCAUUAAACUUACCGCUACUGUCACCGUCCUCGAAUUGCGGGACUUACGAAGACGAUGUGAUACCCCUGCGAGUUCACGAUUGUUCCCUAGACCUCAUAGUAGUGUCGGAUACCAAGGGAAUGGUCUGCGUUUGUCACUACUAUCUUUACCGGCCUGUACAGCCGCCGCAGCACGUACUUAAUUCCUUGAACGAAUCUAACACGGUACAUUUCGCAUAUUCGGUAACAUUGCUGCAUCACAGCUGCGUGAUCCAUUGCGUUAUACCGGGCAUAUCGUGGUCGCGCGCCAAACUGAUGAGGCCGACCUUCGCGAUCUACGAGAGCCACCACAUGAUCGUGUUCGUGCCGGGAUUAUUUGCGCAUCUUCUCGAGAUUGGCGUGAACCAUGAGCCCUGCUGUCACAUAUUGUGCGGCGCGCCAUCGUCGAUCCCGUCCCGCGUUUCCUAUCUGGUACCGUUGCUCGACAGCGCUAACAGAGGAACGAGAAAAAAUUCACUAAUCUAUCAUAAUAAUCCAGAUAGCAAGAACUCGGACGGAAGCAGCCUCGUAAAUUCUAAUACGAGUAUACUGACGAUAGAUCUGCCUACCUUGGAUCUUGUGCAGUUGACAAUUCCUCCGGACUUUCUCGUUGAAGUUUUCCGCAAGGAGACCUCGGUCGAAAUCCGCUUGGGGAUACUUCAUUAUUUUCUCUGCCAUAAAAACGACCUGGAAAUUAUCGCGGAGUUAACAUCCAUCAUCGCGGAGAAGCCGCGUUCCUUGGAUAUUCCACGCUUCAUGCAAGAGAUUCUUAUAGGCAAUUCUUACGCUUUGGUGCAAAAGAAUCUUCUCGCGGACACUGUUCCCUUGUUGUCUCUACUGCCCGUGACUACCAUAGGGGAUUACAUGACUUUCGACAUAAAGAUGAACGAUUUGGAUAUCACACUCAGUCACGAGAAACUCUGGAAUACGUCGGUGAUGCUACUUUCACCGCAGCAAAGGCUGGUCCCUUAUCGUAGCGAUUUAUGGACUAGACUGUGGGAUCAACUGAGUAAAAAUGAUAGUGACAAACUGAGAUUCAGACCUAGUCAUAUCGCGGAGAAAUUGUUGGUCUCCUUAGCUUGUUAUCAACCAGAAGCGUUGUCCAGAUGCAGCACUCCAAUGUCUCCGAGUGGAGGAUUUAUUGCAAUGCCGCUUGGAGACUUCUUGGGAAAUCGAAACAUCAAGUUGGAUUCCGGUUUACCUUUUAACGAGACGGAAAGUUGCACCGCGUCGAAACAAGAGCACAUUGUGUCUGUUAAUUUGCGAGAACUCUCGAUGUAUCUUCUGAAGAAUGGCACGCACACGUCGACUAUGCACACACGGGGUUCUUGCACUCCAUUACACGUUCAUGCCAUGGCCACGAGAUACGUGGCUGCGCAAUUAGAAGCUUCGCGUGUAUUGUGUCAGAUACUUUGCAGAGCAGCCGGCGUCGAUCCAAAAAUUGAACAGGAACGUGGCUUUAAUCUCAUAGAUCAAUUGGACGAAGCUAGACGAUGGUUGCUGUUUACGCUCUUACAGCGAUAUAGAUAUGCCAUAGAGAGCAUUGCCUUCCCAGCACCACAGGGAUUUGCAUCGUUUUUUACUUAUCUUGGCUAUCGUACUCUCAAGUACUCAAUGUUUCUACAAUAUAUUGAACGCUCGGUAUUUGAACUUCAAGUUGACGUCACCAAGAUUAUUUUAGCUGAUAUAAGCGAUACAAAAGAAAACGUUGUUCAGAAACUGAAGUUGUUAUCUUUAUUGUCGAGAUCUCGCGCAAAGAGACUCUUAAAUCAAUGGCUGCAUCCGGUUAGUUUAAUGUUACGAGCCAGAGAACACGCUGCUAAUAUUUUGUGCGGCGAAGUGUCUCAGAAUCGAACUGGUAAUCGGACUUUACAACAUCGUAAUCAUCAUAAUAGUUUAGCAGCAUUUCCUUCUGCAGAUCGUUUAUCACCGUUAGAUACCUUCUUAGAUUUACUUACUGCAAAAGCUAGUCUUACAGAAUUGGAUUUUGGGCUAUUGAUAGAAGCAACAGUAACAUCUACAGAGGAUUUUCUCUAAUGAAAAUUAAGUUUAGUAUUUCAAUGAAAAUCAGUUUUUAAAUCUAACCUAUUUAUUAUA